UUAAAGACAUAAAGCUUGUCUCUUCUGAUUGGCGCUUCCUUUCUCACUUUUACUGCUCCUCCCCCACGCUCCCUUCCCGCGCGUGGCCACCCCUCCUCCGUAUCUAUCUCAUUUCCCAAGAACCCAACCCAACCCCACGCGCUUCCGCCUCGCGUCGGCCCCCGCAUGCCCCCCCUAGACUUCGUCGAAAGCCACCAUCGGCGAGAAAACAAAGGUAACAAGAGAAGAAACAGGAAACGAGAGCUUUUGAUUGGACGAGUCAUAAUGGCUGAGUUGACUCAGAACGAGGUGGCUUACUCGCCCAAGACUAUGCAAGUGUGGAAGGCUUUGCUGAAUUGGCUCGGUUUCUUCUUCCAGAUCUUCGUCCAAAUCGUCAGCUCUCUCGGCCACCAUCCCUUACUCUCUUCUUCUUCCUCCUCAUCCUCUUCUUCCGACGCUUCCUUCAAAUCCUUGCCGGCCGUCGAGUUGCAGGAGCACGACUCUUCCGCCGCCGUAUCCGCCGUUGAAAUCGAUACUCCCGAUUCUGACUCCGACGAUCCUCCCCAGAAGCUAACGGUGGUUCUUGACCUGGAUGAGACGCUAAUAUGUGCAUAUGAGUCGGCGAGCUUGCCCGGGAUAGUUCGGACGCAAGCGACAGAAGGUGGGUUGAAGUGGUUUGAGCUCGAGUGUUUUUCUUCGGACAAGGAAUGUGAUGGGAAACCGAAGGUGAAUUAUGUUACGGUUUUUGAGCGUCCGGGGCUGCAUGAGUUCUUGAAACAAGUUCAUGGGUUUGCCGAUCUUGUGUUGUUUACUGCUGGACUUGAAGGUUAUGCUAGACCACUUGUUGACAGAAUAGACGUAGAGAACCUGUUCAGUUUUAGGCUUUAUCGGCCUUCAACAACCAGCACGGAAUACCGUGAGCAUGUCAAGGAUCUCUCUGGCCUAUCAAAGGAUAUGGGCCGAAUUGUUAUUGUUGACAACAACCCUUUCAGUUUCAUGUUGCAACCUUUGAAUGGAAUUCCGUGUAUUCCAUUUUCUGCUGGGCAAAUACAUGACACACAGGUAGGAACUCUUUUACACUCAAUACCUCUUCACUGGUCAUCACUUAUCUUCCACUUCGUCGCCCCUUUGUCUCUUUUCAUUUCCUCGCACCUUUGUUUUUCAGCUUUUGGAUGUUCUUCUUCCACUGCUCAAGCACCUAUCGCUACAGAAAGACGUGAGACCUGUGCUUUAUGAGAGGUUUCACAUGCCCGAAUGGUUUCAAAAGCAGGGAAUCCCUUCAACUAGUUGGAAAUAGUAGGAUUGGCAGAUCAAGCUUGCAAUUCUCAGCAGUUAGUUUGUUCAAGGCAGUGUCAUCAUCGACUCCCACAAUUCUUCUGUACAGCAUCACUGUGUACACUGCAAAUUUGUUGAUACAAGGGUGUAUUUUCACUAGAGGUCUAAGUGUUGCAUCUCACUGUCGUAUACGGAAGCCAUUAUUUAUUAUGUAGAUUUGUUUAAACCCUGAUUCUUGUGUAACUUUGUUUAUAUGGUUGCUGUUAGUUCUCUUGGAUGCCUUAGCAUUUUGUUAGAAUUUUGUGAAAUUGUUGCCAAUAAUGAUGAGUAGUUUACACAUCCCUCCUCAUCAAUUGCACUCAUUUUUUCA